AUGAAAACCGAGAAGGGCCCAGCACCCGAGUCUGGAGAUGUUCUGACAGCAGCCAGCGAGGUGGGUGAUGUGCAUGAAACAUCAGGAAACACCGACCAGCUUCAGCGACGCCUGGGGAACAGGCAUAUUCAACUGAUAGCGAUUGGGGGAUCGAUAGGAACCGGCCUGUUCAUUAACAUAGGCAUGGGCCUAGCAAAAGGCGGUCCUGGAAGUCUUCUCAUCGGUUUAAUCAUACUCUGCUGCUUCAUGGCCUUGGUCAAUAACUGCAUUGCGGAGAUGACCGUCCUUUUGCCGGUGAGUGGUGGCUUCAUCCGCAUGGCAGACAAGUGGGUGGACUCGGCACUUGGGUUCAUGGCUGGGUGGAAUUUCUUUCUUUAUGAAGCUAUUGUGAUACCGUUUGAAAUCACGGCAUUGAGUAUUGUUCUCGGAUAUUGGCGAGACGAUAUACCGUCUGUGGCUGUUACGGCUGCUACUAUCGUUCUAUAUGGGGUUUUGAAUAUAAUGCCUGUCGGCCUCUACGGAGAGACAGAAUUCUGGCUGUCAUCGGGAAAGGUCCUGCUCGUCUUCAUUCUAUUCGGAUUCACCUUUUUCUCGAUGGUGGGCGUGAAUCCAAGUGCAGAUGCAUACGGAUUCAGAUACUGGAAUGACCCUGGUCCUUUCGCCGAGUGGCAUUCACAGGGAAAUCUAGGCAGAUUCGAGGGCUUGCUUAACGUCAUUUGGGCUGGAACCUUUAUUGUUGUUGGGCCAGAGUAUCUCUCGAUGGCUGCAGCUGAAACCAAACUACCCCGGACAUAUGUCAAGACAGCAUACAAGACUGUAUACUUCCGCUUCGGUCUAUUCUUCAUCGGCAGCGCCCUCGCAGCUGGGAUAGUCAUCCCAUACAACAACCAUACCCUACAAGCGCUCGCCGCCGGAGAAGAAAGCAGCAGCUCCGCCGCCUCCUCUCCAUACGUGAUCGCCAUGAGGCAAUUCGGAAUCACCUUCCUCCCUGACCUAGUCAACGCACUCAUUUUCACCAGUAUCCUCUCGGCCGGAAACACAUAUACCUUCUGCGCAAUGCGCAGUCUCUACAGCAUGUCCCUCGAGGGCCGCGCGCCUAGGAUCCUCUCCAAGUGCACCAAGGACGGCAUCCCAAUCUACUGCCUCGCCGUGACCUGCCUGAUUUCGUGCCUUGCAUUCCUGCAGGAAUCCAGCGGGUCGCUGGUUGUACUGCAAUGGUUUGUUAAUCUAGUGACGGCAGGAUGUACGAUUAACUUCGUUGUUAUCUGUAUCACAUACCUGCGCUUCUAUCGCGCCUGCAUGGUCCAGGGCGUUGACAGAACAGCACUCCCAUACUACGGCUAUUUCCAACCCUAUGCCGCAUGGGCGGGCCUCGCCUGGACGGUUUUCGUUGUGUUGGGUUAUGGGUAUUCGAGCUUUACGCCGUGGGAUGUGGGGACGUUCUUCUCGUACUACACUAUGGCCAUCUUUGCGGUUGUGAUGUUUACGGCGUGGAAGGUGGGCAUGAGGUCAAGAGUAGUUAGGCCUGAAGAUGUGGAUCUUAUGUGGGAGAGGCCGGUUAUUGAUGCGUAUGAGGCAUCCUGCGCGGAGGUGCCGGUGGGCUUUUGGACUGAGGUUGCGCAGAUGGUGGGCUUUCGUCGGAGGCGUACUCUGGAUAUAAAUGCGUAG